UUAGCGAAGAAGAUGCUUUGGAAGUUUUGCUACACGAACUGUCAGAGCGCUUUGAAAGUUUUUGUAAAUCAUUAGAAGAUUUCGGGCUGCCGGUUCCGAAGCGGAAGCUGAGUGAAAUUACGAAAGAAACUAUGCGGUUUGAUGCCAAAACGUGUGCUGCUGAAGCAACAGAAAGUAUUGAAAAACUGAAUGAUGAACAACGGGGAUUUUUUGUUUCCGUUUUAACCAACGUCGAGAAUGGUACAGGAGGAGCGUAUUACUUGGAUGGUGGACCGGGGCGCGGAAAAUCCUUCCUUCUCAAAACUGUUGUCAAUUACUUCCGAGGAAUGAAGAAAAUCGUAUUGUGCUGUGCGAGCACAGGUUUUGUUGCGGUUAUGUACGAUGGAGGUCGCACUGCCCACAAUUUGUUCAGACUGCCGGUUAAAGAUGACCCAUACGACCUUUCUCCAAUUGAGUGUGAUGUUCGGAAUCAUUCCCAGCGCGCAAGUUUAUUGAAAUCAGCAGAUUUGAUUAUCUGGGACGAAUUUAUCAUGAUGCACCGACAAAAUGUAGAGGCUGUAGAUGCAAUGCUACGACGAAUACGCAAUGAGCCUGAGAAAGUAUUCGGUGGAAUACUUUUUAUCGGUGCUGGCGACUUCCGACAGAUUCCGCCGAUUAUCCCUUUUGCAACUCGAGAAACAAUUGUUCAAGCUAGCGUGAAAUCGUCAUUCCUUUGGAAACAUUUUCUGAAGUAUACCUUACGAAUUCCAGUUCGUCAGCUUGCCGACGUCGAGUAUGCUGAAUUUUGUGACCGCAUCGGUAACGGAACAGAAAAUGGCGAGGACGGACUGGUUAUUCUGCGCAAUAUCAGUGUCACUACUGAUGUCACACAAUUUUUAAAUUUUGUAUUUCCCGACAUGGAGCUUGGUCAACUAAGUGCCAAAGAUAAUGCAGUUUUGUCUGUUAAGAACUCCGAUGUGGACCACUUUAAUAGUUACCUUCUGCCGAAGUUAACAGGGGAAACGGUGCCGCUCUUUAGUAGUGAUACUCUUGACGAUAGUUGUGGAGCAAAAGAUAUAUUUCAAAAUGACAUGGAUAUUGAUUUUUUCCAUUCUUUGAAUCGCCCGAACAUUCCGCCUCACGAAAUCAAGUUAAAAGCAGGAUGCCACUGUUACAUCGUUAGAAACAUCUGUCCAGAAGAUGGUCUCCUUAAUAAUACCCAGGUAGAAGUUGUCUCCAUAAACAAAUCAUUAGUCCAAGUGAAGCUUUUGGAUAAUGAGAAAAUCUUUUGGAUUCCGCGGAUAAGUUUUUCAAUUGAACUAAAAAACAAAAAAUUAAGAGUACUGCGUAAGCAGUUUCCUUUGCGACUGUGUUAUGCUAAGACGAUAAACCGCUCCCAAGGAGCGACAUUAAGUAAAGGCGGUUUAGAUCUGCGCAAUCCUGUUUUUUUCCCACGGACAGCUAGCUGUUGCCUUGACGAGAUUUAAAACACGUAGAGAUUUUCUUAUUUUAACUACCCAAGAUAACAUUUCAGAUGA